GACUCUGUAAACAGACACUAUUCCAGUAUGUUCUGUAUAGGGCUGGACCCGAAUAUCUGGAUAUCCGAAUAUUCGGUCGUUAUGGUGGUAUCUGAGUAUUUAUUUUGUUAUACCAACAGUUAUAUAAUUAGGUCGAUAAUUAGCACUGAACACAAAGUACAGCUGAUGAUGAAGUGAAGUGAUUCCUAUUCAGUUGCUUGGUCAUUUUCAACCAGUUUCAACCUAGUGAUGAAACUAGAUCAACAAAGUUCCAGACUGACUGACAGACCACUGCUAUCCAUUACAUGGCUAAAAACUGACAAAAUGUGCUUGUCUUCGGCUUCUGCAGUACAGUCAGUAAGAACUGUCUUUGUAAAAUAAGAAACAAUGAGUAGUAAACUAAAAAAGAACCUUAAAGAAGCUGAGAUCAAGGCCUUCAGCUACUAAUACUUGUUUUAAAGUCUGGUUUGAAUUUAUUAUUACCCCCUGUUGUCUCUUGGUCAUUGCCACUACACAGAUCAUGCUGUUGGCAGGAAGCAGUUUAAACAAAGUGAGACAGCACUGCUUCUUCUAGAAAGACCACGACUAUUGUUGCCACGGCAUUGUUGACCACAGCAACACAUCAGUCUGGUUUCUGUGAAAGGCAGGACUGUUAAACAGCAAGAAAGCUUAGAGAAAAUAGCCUUAAACCCUCCUCUGUGUGUGAGAAGUCUUGCCACCAUCUAUCUCUGAUGAUUCUUCUGUUAUUUUUUAUGUACACUACCAGUCAAAAGUUUGGACACACCUUCUCAUUCAGUGCUUCUUAUUUAUUCGUAUUAUUUUCUAUAUUGUAGAUUAAUACUGAAGAUUCACACUUUUUCAUUUAUAAUAUAAUUCCAUAUGUAUUCUUUUGUAGUUUUGAUGUCUUCGGUAUUAAUCUACAAUGUAAAAAACAAUUAAAUAAAAGCCAUUGAAUGAGAAGGUGUGUCCAAACUUUUGACUGGUAGUGUGUAACAUCUCUAUUGUUUCUUUGUAUAAUUUCUUGCUCGGGUGCAAGAUAAAAUCUGUAACACUGAAGAACACAGAUCAUUUCUGUCGCUGCAGUGAAACAUUUUCUGUCUCACCGUCUCAGCUUUGAAGAUUUUGACAUCAUUUCUGAGCAGAAGACAGAGCAGCAGAGAAGAAAAAAAACAGGCACAUGUAUUUCUUUAGAGAACACGUAGUGUCGUUUCAGUGUUCGCGCUGUGCACAGUGCUGGGUUAACCACAGGCAGGCUUGAGGUGAGGCGGAGGGUGAAGAAGGUGCAGUGAAUUUUCACAUGAAAACUGAAACUGCAUUUGAUGGCAACAUGUGGAGGACGCAAACACUGCAGCUGUACGACAAAUAUCUGGAUUCAGAAAUGGAGAAAAUUCCGCAUAUUAGACCAAGGAAUGUCUUCAGGAUGUCUUUGUGAGGAUAGUGUGAGCUUCCUAUUUUGGGUUUGAUAGUAUUUGAGCUCUUGAGCAACACUUUGGCACAGAAAGGAAGAGUUCAAGAGAGAGAAGACUGCAAUAUGAGCAGAAGCUGCUAAUGGUGUAGAGAGGUGAAGACACAUCAACUAACUGAGGCAGCUGAACGCAUGUGAGUAUCAACUGUUAUCACUCUACCUAGAAACUUUAUUGAUUUUGAGAUGUGAUUAUUUAAAAUGAAUAUUUAACCUGAAUUUUGUCUCUAUCUUUGAGGGUGGCAGCAUCAGCACCCUCAUUUUAGGUUUUCAAAUAUUUGACUUAAACAUUACCUGUCCAUUAAUCCAGAUGUAUACAUGAACGUGUCCAUAUGCUUGUGUCCAGGGCGGUUCACAGUCAAGUUAAUGGGACCACAGCGAUCCCGUGGAGGAGCAGCAGGAGGAGGCUGUCGCUGCUGGAGCAGCUGAAGGGCUGUCAGGAGGCCUGGUGCCCCGGGGCAGCCUGGGAUAGAGAGGAGGCUCAUGCUGCUCUCUGUGGGACGCCUGCAGGGAGCUUCCUGGUUGUGAAGGACUCUGCGACGUCUCAGCCCAGCCUGCUGUGUGUGUCUGCUGGAGCACAGAGUGAAGAAGUUCUUGACUAUCAUAUCAGAUGCACAGGAACAGUCUUCCAGUUGUCUGAGUCUCGACUUUCUUUCUCUGACUUGGCUCAGCUAGUGCUCUUCUACUCCCUGACCAGGGAUGUGUUGGCUGUUUGUCUGAACAUUCCCAGCUGGAUCUACAGUGUAACUGAGAAGAACAAAGACCGUCUCUCAGAGCUUGAACCCAACACUUGGCUUCUCACACCGCCUGAGCAACCACCUGAUGAAAUGACCCAAAAGGAGCCAAGCAGCAUGAUGUGUUCGAUACAGCUGACUUCCACCAACGGGGCCCUGUGCAUCAUCAACCCCCUUUACCUUCGUGAACAUGGUGACGAAUGGCUGACCAGCAGGACGACUGCCACACAGCCAUCGAAUUUCAGACGAGAUCGACGGCUCAGCACCACCCGAGCAUGGGCGGGGGCAGGGUUACAAAGUAAACGAGCCAUCUCCCUGGACCAGGAACCCUCUGCUGCCAGCACAGAGAGCUCAGGUCUAGUCAGAGCCAGGUCAGCCGAUUUACCGUCAACCCCACAAACAGCUACAGUGGUCCUCAGGAGGCCCAGCCGAGAUUCUGCCACCAGCCCCCCUCACAGAGCGAGCACGGGGAGCCUUCCUCCAUCCACUCCCUCCACCCCUGGCAGCCUGACGCCCGAGCUGCAGCGCUACAGCAGCCCCCUGCCUCAGUCUCCUCACAGGGUGUCCUGGAUUGAGGACGGAGUGUGGCUUCCUCCACCCAGGCCCUCCUCCUCGCUCCAUCCCCCAUCGCUGGAGCUUGACUCGCUGUCGAUCAGCAGCAUAGAGGAAGAGCAGGAAUCCCCAAUGCUGAGCUCCGCACCCCACCAUGCCUCGGCACAUCGUCUGGCUGAUAAGGUCAUACAUCGGUUCUCGGCGGUGGGCCAGGCCCUGGGCGGGCUGGUGUGCCCGAAGAAGAGACUGAUCAAUCGUGUGCAGGAGCUGAGCGAUAAGAAAGGGGCGGCGUUUGCAGAGGGUGUGAAAGGGUUUGUGGAGAUGACGCUGAGGAGAGGGACUGAACCUGGAGGUGCCACGGGAUCAGAAUUCCUGCAGGACGUGAGGACAUCUCUCACGUCACUGAGGGAAACGCUGCUGGACUAUCCAGAAAUCCAGACGUUGCUGGACGGCAUUACUGACUUAUCUGAUUUCGAGAUUGAUUCCCUGGUGGAGCGUUCCAUCCACAAAGUGACUCUGAAACCCGUCUCCACGCACCUCUACACCUGCAUUCACACUUCCAGGACCAGUGACGGCAGCUUCGAGCGUCUCCAGGGCAACCUGAAAGUGCUGGAAAAGAACAAAGUGGAGGAGCUUGGGGGGUCGGCAGGAGUUGGAGUUCCCGACUCCGUCACGAUGGAGCGGAUCCAGCAGUGGUGGACUAGUAUGCACGAGGAGUUCUCUCCAAACAAGAAGGUCAAGAUGCUCCUCAAAGUCUGCAAGAAAAUCUAUGAGACCAUGAGUGUCAAUUCUAGCUCAGGUACAGUGUUUGGAGCAGAUGAUUUUCUGCCCUGCCUGACGUGGGUGCUGCUCCGGAGUGAUCUGGUCACCUUACAAAUCGACACAGACUACAUGAUGGAGCUGCUGGACCCCACACAGCUACAGGGAGAGGGUGGCUACUACCUUACAACCCUGUACGCCUCUCUCUACUACAUCAGCAGCUUCCGGCCCCGACUGGCUGCCCGUCAGCUCAGUGUGGAGGCCCAACACUCUCUAAACCAGUGGCAUCGUAGGCGCACCCUGCACUGCGAGCAGUCGCGUCGCAGCAAGAACAGACGGACCUUUCGCAGGGCGGCGUGUAGGGAGAGAGGCCCGCAGAGCUCUGAGACAGAAACCGGCAGUAAAGAGGAAAGUGAGAAAGGAAGUGAUUUAGUUAAUGCUGAUGAGUCACAGAAGCAGACAGAAAGCAGCACAGAAGCUCUGCAGACGCUGAAGGAGGAGACGGUGCAGGAACAAGGAGCCAGCGACCAAUCACAGACUCCAACAUCACACUGUCCACCUGUGACACAGGAAGACGAAAUAACAAGCAAACAGGAAGACAGACAGAGUUUUCGUAUAGCAGCAGAAGAAGACCACAGAGGAUUGUAAUGGAGGAGAAAGAUGAAAAGUACAUUUGGAGAAGGUCAGAAUUGCUGGAAAUGAUCUCACUAGGUCCAAAGCCUUCCUAAAACUGCUUGAAUUUAUCUUUGAAAGAGGCAAAGAAAGCUUGGGAUUUAUGUCAUUAAUACACUGGUGUCCGUUAAUUAUAAAAACCUUUUUCAGUCGUUGCCAACCUGAGGGCUGGAACUCCUCUAUGGGUGACUUUUUUCAAAUUUGAGCUUUUUUCUUCAAAAGUGCUACAUGUUUUUCAAGUCCAGAGAGAAAAUAUUCUUUAAACUGAUCAGACUGUCCACUCCGAGGCUGUAAUGCAGGAGUUUUGUUACGUGGCCUUGUUGUCUCAAAUUGAGUCCCUUGAAUGGGAGGUAAUUACAUUUUGUAAUGCGCCCCGUGAUUUGGAUUUUUUUUUUUAUUAUGAUAAUUGAAUUAAACCUGUGUUAUUUUUAAAUUGUAAAUGUGUUAAUAUGAAAGUAACCAUCUGCAAAGAGGCUGGAGUAAUAAAGGAAAAUCUGUUUUUGUUGUA